AUGGAGGAAAUACUUAGCUUGCGAAUCUACCAGACCCUCGUAGGUAUUAUAGGCAUACUCGGUAACGGCCUUGUAUGCGUUGUCAUAUGGAAAACACCCGCUAUGCAGAACCGUACGAAUGCCUUCAUCUUUCACCAGGCUGUGAUCGAUUUUCUCGGCUCAACUAUGAUCUUGCUGAAGAGUGAGGUCCCUGUUCCAGACCCAAUUCCGGACAACGCCUUGGGUGUUUUCCUCUGCCACGUCUGGUACACAUUCAUCCUCUUCUUCUUCUUCGUGCUGUCGUCUUUCAAUCUCCUCAUCUUGACGAUGGAGCGGUACUUUGCCAUCGUCCAUCCGUUCAAGUACCAGGUGACGUUCUCCUCAUGGCCUCACUUGAAAGUCGGUCUCGCCAUGGCGAUGUGUUGGGUGUGCGCUAUAGCCAUUAAGUCCUACCUCCUCUUCAUUUACGACGAGCAAGACGGGGUCUGCGCCCCUGUCGUGAGAUCGCAAGUCCUUGGCAUUCUGACACUCGUCCUACAAUACGUGCUACCGGUGACUGUCAUGCUGUUUGCGUACAUUCGCAUUGGCGUCGAGAUGAAACGGGGAGCGGCUCGAGUUGGUCCCACGAGCGUGGCCGAGCACAGUGCAAGCGGUUCCAACGUGCCCAGCAUGGCCGAGUCUCUCCUCCAGGCUCGACGCAACACCUUCAAGAUGCUCCUUAUCGUCUUCAUCACCUUUCUCGUCUGCUGGACACCAAAUCAGGUCCUGUUCUUUGCCUACAACAUCGGGUUUUACGUUGAUUUCGAGAACUGGCUCUUCUUACUCUCAGUCGCCAUGGUGGCGACCAAUUCUUGCGUGAACCCGAUGAUUUACGGACUGAAAUAUCGGCAGUUCCGUAAAGGCCUACGGGAGAUGGUUUGCGGUCGUCGGAACAUCCGGGAUGAGUUCGGAACAAUGAGCACCAGUGUCGCAUAA